UUAUAAUUGGAAUGGUCUUCUUCAUUUUAUUGAAGGUGACAGAAUUCAUCUAAUUAGUUUUUGUCUUUCAGUACAAGAUAAAACCACUUGGGCACUUACGGCUACUUACUACGUUAGAGGAAAUAUGUGUUGAGAGAUAUUAUGAAAAUGAAAUAUUAACGUGUGUACUGAAUUUAUUUAAUUGACUUUAUAUUUUAACUAUUGUUGUAAGUUGUAACACAUGGUCUUGGUAUUGUUGUUCUAUGCUUUGAUGAGAGGUAUUUUCAUUCAUAGGAAUCAGGCUUAGCUGUGAAGCAAUUAUUGUUAUCCAUGUUUUUUUGCUAAAUUCUUAACUCAUUUGUACGUGAAUCUAGAUCAGUAUUGAUCCACCAACUCUCUAAGAAACUUACCCAAAGAAUACCUUAUAAGUUGAGAGGACUUCCUGUUUCAUCUGCCUUCCAUCCAAACCGUAGUAUAUUCUUCAUUUCAACGAAGAAGGAUGUGCGCGUUUUUGAUCUGUUAAAGCAAAAGCUUCUUAAGAAGCUUGAGCCUGGAGUGCGUGAAGUUUCCUCCAUCGGUAUUCACCCUGGUGGUGAUAAUGUCAUUGUGGGAAGCAAAGACGGAAAAUUGUGCUGGUUUGACAUGGACCUUUCUUCUCACCCUUACAAAGUCCUCAAGCCUCAUAAAAAAGACAUCAGCAAAGUCUCUUUCCAUCAUUCAUACCCUUUAUUCUCCUCAUGCUCAGACGAUUGCACCGCAUAUGUUUUCCAUGGAAAGGUUUAUUCGGAUCUGAAUCAGAACCCAUUAAUUGUUCCCCUGGAAAUUCUACGUGGGCAUGCUAGUGCAGAUGGAAGAGGAGUUCUGGACUGCAAGUUCCAUCCAAGGCAACCAUGGCUAUUUACCGCUGGCGCCGAUUCAGUUAUCAGGCUCUAUUGUCAUUAAGAAAGGUCACAGGGGACGGUAAUAGUAUAUCCUUCAAGUUCCAUUGUUAAAGGGCGUUGGAAGAUUAUCAGAUCCCAACCUAGUUCAGAUUCUUUCCGAGGAGAGAAUGAGAAAAGUAAUUUAGUCCGUAUUGGAACCUUGAAAUGAUAAAAGGUAUAUUGUUCUAUUUGUUUUUCACCUUAUUUUUAGCGACGAGUCUUUUUACAGAAUACCCAGUGUUGUUUCAAUACAUUGUUAUUUUGACAUGGUGUUUGACGUGUUGUGUAGUAUUACAAUAUGGGUCUGAUUAUUUUUCAAGCUAAUUUUAUUCUAAAUUCUCAUUAAUAAGUUU